GGUGUAUAGAUAUAGAUAUAGAUAUGAAUUAGUAGGUAUAGAUAUAGUUAUAGAUUGGUGCUAUACGAAAGAUUGAACAUUUAUAACAGCAAAUAUAUGAUCAAAUCAUCGGUGUUAUACGACAGAUUGAGCAUUUAUAACAGCAAAUAUACGAAAUAACCGAGAAAUACAGCCCAAAGCAUUUUCCGCCAGGACCAGAUGCUAUUUAUACACCACGGUUACCAUCCCAUUGCGUUGCUUCCAACAGAUCGUGGCAUGCAUCUUGCCGGGCGGUAGUGUUGCUUCCUCCCAGCUUGACUGACUCCACCAACUUCUUCAGCCAUGUCCGGCGAUGGCCAGAGCGGCUCCGCAAGGGUGCACUUCGUGCUGGUCCCGAUGAUGGCGCAGGGUCACAUAAUCCCCAUGACCGACAUGGCGAGCCUGCUGGCCGAGCACGGCGCGCAGGUCACCUUCAUCACCACGCCAGUGAACGCGUCCAGGUUGGCGAGCUUUGCCGCCCACGUGGAGGAGACAGGCCUGGCGGUCCGGCUCGUGGAGCUCCAUUUCCCGGCAGCCAAGUUUGGCCUACCGGACGGGUGCGAGACCGUCGACAUGAUCCAAUCGCAGGAUCUGCUGUCGAACUUCUUGGAGGCAUGCGCCGCGCUUCGGGAGCCGCUCAAGGCGCACCUCCGUGAGCAGCAGCUGCCGCCUCCGAGCUGCAUCAUUUCUGACACGAUGCAUUGGUGGACCGGUGAUGUCGCAAGAGAGCUUGGUAUCCCGAGGCUCACCUUUAGUGGCUUCUGUGGCUUCUCGUCCCUUGUCAGUUACAUCAUUUGUCGCGACAACUUAUUGAAACACAUCACAGAUGAGAAUGAGCUCAUUACGAUCCCAGGGUUCCCUACACCACUGGAGUUGGCAAAGGCUAAAUGCCCUGGAGGCAUUCCCAUUCCAGGUAUGGAGCAAAUUCGUGAGAAGAUCUAUCAAGAGGAGCUGAGAUGCAAUGGCGUGGUCCUUAACAGCUUCAAAGAGCUGGAGACAUUGCAUAUCGAAUCCUUUGAGCAGGUGACAAGGAAGAAAGUAUGGACGGUCGGGCCAAUGUGCCUCUGCCACCAAAACAGCAACACAAUCGCCGCAAGAGGAAACAAGGCGCCAAUAGAUGAGGCAGACUGCUUGCAGUGGCUUGAUUCAAUGAAGCCAGGCUCGGUGAUCUUUGUCAGCUUUGGCAGCCUCACCUGCACUGCACCUCAGCAACUUAUUGAGCUCGGCCUGGGACUUGAAGCCUCCAAGAAACCAUUCAUUUGGGUGAUUAAAGCGGGAGAUAAGUUUCCAGAAGUUGAGGAAUGGCUCUCAGACGGCUUCGAGGAACGCGUCAAAGAGAGAGGCAUGAUCAUAAGGGGCUGGGCACCACAGGUGAUGAUCCUGUGGCACCAAGCCAUUGGAGGAUUCAUGACACACUGUGGGUGGAACUCAACAAUAGAGAGCAUCUGUGCAGGCGUGCCCAUGAUCACAUGGCCACACUUCGCGGAGCAGUUUUCAAACGAGAAGUUGGUGGUGGAUGUGCUGAACAUUGGGGUGGAGGUUGGAGUGGAAGGAGUUACACGGUGGGGACAUGAACAUAAAGAGGCUAUGGUUACAAGAAAUGAUGUGGAGAGAGCAGUGUACGCCCUGAUGGAUGAGGAGAAAGCUCAAGAGCAGUUCCGGGUGAGAGCAAAAGAAUGUGCCAUUAAGGCAAGGAGGGCUUUCGAUGAGGAAGGUUCUUCAUAUAACAACAUAAAGCUACUGAUUCAAGAAAUGGGAAACAAGAUGAAUGCAUGUGGUUGAUGCACAUGGUGUCACUUAAUUCCAAAUAACCAGUACCUUGUAUCAGGGUCACUGGUGGUGGCCUAAUUGUUUAGAGAAUAGACAUGGUCCAAAUGAGUUGACAGCAAUAUCGAUUAUUCAUACUGUUACACAGGUUCCAUGGCAGUCAACAUAAUGUUACACACAGUCUGUUUUUCCA